AUGUACUUCUCCACCCUCGCCAUCCUCUCUUUUUUCUCUUUCCUGGCCGGCUUCGCCCUCGCAGCUCCCACGGAGUUCGCCCUCGAAGCUCGCAACGCGACUGGACUGUCUGCUCGCGACAGUAACGCGCGCUUGACGUGGUACGAUGUCGGAUUGGGGGCAUGUGGCAAGACCAACAAGGCCAGCGACUACGUCGUGGCAUUAAAUGCUGCUGAAUUCGGGUCUGGCUACCCUGGUCCGCACUGCUUCAAGCAGAUCAAGAUCACCGCCAAUGGCAAGAGUGCCACCGCUACCAUUGUCGACCAGUGCCCCGGAUGCCCCAAGGGCGGGCUUGACCUCAGCAAGGGCUUGUUCAGCCACUUUGCCAAUCCCGAUGUCGGCGUUUUGACCGGCUCCUGGAGCUAUCUCUGA